AUGCCGUAUUCAGAGAGCGCGCAGGCCGCGCUGGUCCAAUGGGCGAACACGUUUCCACUCGACAAGAAGGCUGACUCAAUAAACGAUUAUCUCGAUGGCAUCCUACUCUCUCAGGUCCUGCAGGACCUCGAUCCUUCCUUCGACGCAAAUACCAGCGAAGGCCCUCUCUACAAUGUCUACAAGGGCAUCCAUAGGCUGGUCUAUCGCGAGUGCCCCGGGCUCGUGGGCAAGGUGAAGUCUGCGGACAUUCGACCCAGAGCCAGAGAAGCGCAGCCAGAAGCUAUCGCCCAGCUCAUUGCCGUUCUCUUUGCAAUCGCGAUGCUCGGGAGUAACAACGAACGAUACGUCAUGCGCAUUACCAAGGACAUCUCCGACAAGUCGGUCCUCAUGCAGCUCCAGCGAAUCACUCAGGACAUGAAGCAAGCCAUGGAAGAAGCUGACGCAGCAGACCUCGACGACACUUCCGACGCCACCCACGAAGGCCACGAUGCCGACCUUGCGAUGGAGGCUGACAACAUACGUCUUCGUUCCGAACUAGACAAAAGAGGAAAGCUCCUCGCAGACAUGGAGACACGCUUGGGCCAUCUGCAGGAGAGCUAUGACGAUCUAAAGGACGAGGUCGUUGCAAAGGGAAGGGAGCUGGAAGCAUUCCACAGCGCUCAAGAUGGUGCCGGAAAGGAGGUCAUCAGGUCGCUUGAGUUGAAGCUGCGUGAGCAGGAUGAGCUUAUCGCCAACCAGGAGGCUCAGGCUGAGGACGAUCGUAUCGCAAAAGAGCGGCUGCAAAGCGAGGUCUCCGCGCUCAAGGCCAAGACUCAGAAGCUCGAGGCUCUCGAUGAUGAAGUGAAGGAACUGCGCUUCAAGAAUGAAGAGUUGUCCCGCAAGGCAAAUAUGGUGGAGCGGUACAAGCAGAAGCUCGAGGCCCAAUCCACCUUGUCGAAAGAGAUGGACAACCUGCUUUACGAAAAGGAGCAGAUGCAGCGUGACCUCAUUGAAUACGAGAAGGUUCUAAAGAGGAAUCAGGCGCUGGAACAGACUAAUGAGCAGUACGCUUCGAAGCUCAGAGACUACGAGCUGCAGUACGUCGAGCUGGAUGCCCAGCGAAGGGCGCUUCACGAUGAUACCAUGCAACUGAGGGCUCGCCUUCAGUCUCUUGACGCUCAGCGUCUUUCAGAUGAGCGCCUCAUUUCUGAGCUGCAGGAGCAGAUUGCCACUGGGGCUGGCUCAUCAGCCAUGUCACCAGACGCAGCUUCUGCUGGGUUCAGCCUGGAGCAGGAGCUUGACAGUGCUGGCAGCAGUGCUCCUCCCAACCUAAGCCUUGAGGUCUCUCGACUUAAGGCUGAGAACAACUUGCUCCGUAGCGGCAUGGGCUCCGCUUCAGAAAAUGCUCGGUUGCGACAAGAGCUCGAGGACGAACGACGACAGCGGGAGCGUCUCCAAAGCACGUACAACGAGACGUUUGAAAAGCACCAGCUCGCAGAGGCCCAAGUCAGCGCUUUGAUUGGGGGCGGCGGCGGCGAAAAGUCAGUCGAAUUCGUUAAUAUGCUUAUCCCACUUGGCCUGGAACGAGUGCUAACGCAACAAUACUACUUUAGCGAGGUGUUGGCCAACUUGAAGAUUCAGGUUGCCCAGAUGACCCAUGAGCUUCAAGCCGAGAAGAGGAAGCUCACAGAGGUGCAAGCUCAGCUCGCCGACAAGGAUCGUGAGCUCCUCAGCGCCAGGACAGACCUCUCUGCUGUUGCCAAAGAUAGUGUUACUGCCCUGGAGGAGCUCAAAUCUACUGACCAGCUCAUCUCAGCCUCGGUUCGAGAGGAGCUUGAGGCAGCGCGCCUACAAAUAAGGAACCUCAGCGCUGACUUGGAGAACCGCCAAAGCUCACUAAUCAACGCUCUGCUAGAGAAGGACAAACUUCGAAAGGAACUUGACGAAGCCAAGGAGGGCCGGCAAGAUGGUGCCGAGUCCAGCGAGGUUAGCCAGAGGCGCGAAGACAAGAUUGAGAAGCUGCGGGCGAGACUCAAGGAGCGACAAUCGCAACUGGAAAAGUCCGAGCAAGAAAAGUACGACCUGCAGCGUAAGCUCAAGGCGGCGGAGGGCGGCGAAGCGGCUGCGGCGCAAAAGGCUGCGAGUGACCAAAUCAUUAAGAAUCUUCAACGCGAGAACGCCCUCAUUGCCACCGCCUGGUACGAUCUUACUAGCCGUAUCCAGAGCAACCACGUGGUGUUGCAGAGGAGAAACGAAGUGCCCAAGAGCUGGCUGGGCAAGCAGAGACAAAUGGUCAACGUGAACGCUAUGGACAUGAGUGCUGAUGUUUCUUAUGCAGCCACUCCUAGGAGGUAG